AUGAUAAAGUUAAACUGUGUUAAUCUCGACAGGUUCACGAGGGAGUUUACUCAACUAGAACAGAAAAUUACAGAGAUUAUUGGCAAAAACAACGUGCUGGAAAUAAUGCUGGAGGAUGCCAAUAGACUCUUGAAAUUCUCUCUGACCAAGGAGAAAAGUCUCAUUGAGGAGAGAGACAGCCUUCUCAUCACAGUGAACAGACUGCAGCAGACUCUGCAGGAGCAGUGCAACCUCAGAGUGGAGAAUGAGAGACUGAAGAAUGGCAUGGUGGACCUGAGACAACAGAAUGAGAGAGCAGCAGAGGAUGGAGCGGCUGAGCUUCAGCGGCUCGUCAGUGAAAUGAGAGCAGAAGGAGAUAGACACAAGAGGGAGCUAGAGACUGUCAGGCAGCAGUGCAGGAGAGAGGUGGAGGACGCCCACAGGGAGAGUUUCCAGCAGUUGGAAGCUAAAGAUGCUGAAGUGAAGACCCUGCUGGAGAAAAAGGAUCAGGAUCUAGAGGAGCUGAAGACGAGGUUGAAGGACCAGGAGAGAGAGAGGCAGAGCGAGCUCCUCAAGUUACAGAUGGAGUUUGGUGCAAAGUUAGCCAGAGUUCAGAGUACAGCAGCUCAGUGGAGCCAACAGCAGCAGCAACAACACAGCUCCAACCUCCUUCCACAGAGCGUCUUCAAGAGGAAGCUGCAGUUCUUCCAGGAGGAGAAGAACAAGGAGAUUGUGGCUCUGCGUCAGAGAAUCAAAGAGCUGGAAGAGAACCAGCGCGUCGGCGGCCUCAGUGACAGCCGUCUGAAGAGGAGGAAGAUCUAG